AUCCGCAUACGUGUGGGUUCUUGAAGGAACCAGAGAAAAGGGGAAGUUGUCAGGAUGUUGAACGCCUGCGUCUGCUCCACUGCAAAUCCUCUACCAGCUUCAAUUCCAAGAACAAGAAAUCCAUGGAAAUCCGGUUAUUUCCUGUCCCUGAACAAGCCAAUUCCAUCUUCCUACCGGUUAAAAUCAGUUCCGGUAACCAGAGUUCUCAAAGAGCAGAUGGAAACGAGGGACACUGUUUUGAUAGAGACGGUCGAGGAGGAUGCCGGGAUGAAAGAAGACGGGGAGGAAGAAGAAGCUCGUGGAAUCAGUAGCAAUGGAGUUGCAGAAGCUACGCCAGAGGUGGGAGAAACGCCAAAAUCUUCUUCCAGAGUUUCCGAUAGGGACGAGAAGAGGGCGGCGGAGGAUGACGUCAGCUCCGAUAGGUUCAAGUUGCGUAAUGGCAGAGAGGUCUUUGAAGAAAAAGCAUACAUAGUUGGUGUUGAACGUAAAAGUGAUGGAGAUAAUUCUUUUAGUACAGAAGAAUCACUGAAGGAGCUAGCCCAGCUAGCAGACACUGCUGGGCUUAUGGUCGUUGGUUCUACUUCACAGAAGCUUUCUAUUCCUAACUCAAGGACAUAUAUAGGAUCCGGCAAGGUUGCAGAAAUCAAGAGUGCAAUUCAUGCCCUUGAUGUUGAGACUAUAAUAUUUGAUGAUGAGCUUUCAGCAGGGCAAUUGCGUAACUUGGAAAAGGCUUUUGGUGGGAAUGUUCGUGUUUGUGAUCGGACGGCCCUCAUUCUAGAUAUCUUUAACCAACGAGCUGCAACACAUGAAGCGGCUUUACAGGUUGCAUUGGCACAGAUGGAGUACCAGCUACCACGACUGACAAAAAUGUGGACUCACCUUGAGCGUCAGGCAGGAGGGAGGGUCAAGGGGAUGGGUGAGAAACAAAUCGAAGUGGACAAGCGUAUCUUACGAACUCAGAUUGGUGUUUUAAGAAAAGAGUUGGAAUCUGUUCGACAACAUCGAAAGCAGUAUCGCACCCGCCGUUUAUCUGUACCAGUCCCUGUAGUGUCUUUGGUUGGAUACACAAAUGCUGGAAAGAGUACGCUCCUGAAUCGGUUGACUGGAGCCAAUGUACUAGCAGAGGAUCGACUGUUUGCAACACUGGAUCCGACUACAAGAAGAGUUCAGAUCAAUAAUGGGAAGGAGUUUCUCCUAACAGAUACUGUUGGAUUCAUCCAGAAGCUACCAACUACACUUGUUGCUGCAUUCAGAGCAACACUGGAGGAAAUAUCAGAGUCCUCGCUUUUGGUGCAUGUUGUGGAUAUCAGCCAUCCACUAGCUCAGCAACAGCUUGAUGCUGUCGACAAAGUUCUGUCUGAACUAGAUGUUGCAUCAAUUCCGAAGCUAAUGGUUUGGAACAAGGUUGGACAUCGCAUCAUUGCUCACAGCUUAUUGCAGGUUGAUAAAGCUAGUGAUCCUCACAAAAUCAAAAUGGAAGCAGAGAAAAGAGGAGAUAUUGUUUGCAUGUCAGCUCUAAAUGGUGAUGGACUACAGGAUUUCUGCAAUGCUGUUCAAGAAAAACUGAAAGACUCUAUGGUAUGGGUGGAAGCUUUGGUCCCAUAUGAGAAGGGGGAACUCCUCAAUACCAUACAUCAGGUUGGAAUGGUACAGGAAACUGAAUAUAUGGAGAAUGGGACUUUGGUUAAAGCAUACGUGCCGCUUCCACUUGCAAGACUGCUCACACCUAUGAGGCAACUCUGUAAAUCAUAACCAACAUGGUUCUGUAGCGUACCAACUGUAUAGAUAGUUUCAGGUGUUGUAAAACUAUAACUGUCAUUUUCCAAUUUGAAAAACUGAUGUAUUCAGUUUACCUUUGCCUCCUCCUGUACAUGUUUUAGUAUUGUGUAC